GGGGGGGGAAGGGGCCGGGGUGGACCUCAACCGGGUCGUGGAUCAUCUUUCUCUCGACCUAUCGACGGAUCUCAACAAAGUCACCAUGAUCCACAUUCGACACCAGCGAAAUCAUGGGCCAGUCAUCAGUAUGAUCAUGGCGAUGGGAGGUUAUCACCGACAUCCCCAGCUUCACUCAGCGGUGUCAUGGCCACAAUGAGCAUGGAAGGCUCAUCGACAGGAUAUAAUGGGCAGAGCUCGAGCUCUGGUGGACAUGGCGUCGUGAAUGGGAUCAAUGGCGGCAGCAGCCUAGGACACGGCAUGACCGAUCGGAAUGGUCAAGGCGUAGGCGCAGGCCACCUCGGACAAGAUGAUCGAUCCAUGGGAAUAGCCAUGGGUAUGCGAAGAGAUCAGAUGGGAAGCGUCGCUAGUGAUGAAAUGGACGACUAUGGAGAUGGCGUCGAGAGAUCAGGUUCAACUUCAGGAUCUACAGAUAUCGCUGGAGGUUCAGACGAGAUGCUCAUGACUCUAUUGGCUGGGCAAGCGGCAGUGGACUGCGAGAAUUUGCCUGUGGGACAGUGGGAAGAGGUAGAUGCGUGGAAAAAGGAACUCACGAUCCUCUCCAAUCGACUCGACUCGCUCGUCGCUAGACAUCAGCGCGAGGUAAAGAUUCUGACUGCUGCUCGGACGCUGCAAAAGCUGAACAACGCGAACAAGCGGAUGUCGCGACAAACGAUGGAGAGUCUGGAGCAGGCGGAGAAGCGAGCGGAGGCAGCAGAAAAGGAAGUUCUUUUGCUUCGCGACCGGGAAGCCAGCUUACGCCGAAGACUGACUGAGCAUUGGGCCGGAGCCAUGGCUUGGGAAGUGCGUCGACUGGCUCACAUCUCUGCUCAAGCAGAAGACAAAUACCGCCGGCAAACCAUGGUUCUAAACGCCAACAAGGCUCGUGAGGAUGAGUUGACGCGUCAAAUGGCCAAGAUGGAGCAGGAUCUACGCCGCCGUACAGACCGAGCUGAGGAAUUGGAGAUGAGGGUCGAAGAAAUGACCAGACGAGAGAGGGCGAUUGCGGAAGAAGUCAAAGGGAUGGAUCAACUGAGGCUUGACAUGGAACGCGAAAGGGAAGAAUGGGCACGAGAACGAGCGGAAUGGGAUCAGUCCAGAGCGAUGCUGGAACGAGAUCGUCAAGGAUGGGAGGAGGAACGGCGAGGGUUCGAUGAUGAACGUCAGGGAUGGUCAAUGGAGAAGCGAAUCCUGCAAUCUGAAAUGGAGACCCAUAAGAAGGAUCAUCAAGCUGCUCUGGAGAGCGGUAAAAUGUCGGAACGUGAUAGGAUCACGAUGGACAGAGUUCGGACGACUCUAGCUGGAAUGCUAGGACGCAAGGGCGGAGUUGGCGAAGCGGAAAUUGUGGAUGCGGCGGAGGACGUCAGAAGGCUAUUAACGCAGCGGGAGAAGGAGGUGUUGAGCCUCAAGGAAGAGAUGCGUGAGGUCAAUAUGGGUUUGGAAGAGGAAGUCAGGCGGGUUUCGGCGGAUCGAGAUUUGUGGAAGAACAGGUCUGAAAAGGGAGAGCAAGGUCGUCGCGAUGAGAUGGCAGCAUUGGAAAAGACCGUCAGAACACAGGCAGACCAGAUCUCCGACAUGUCACUCCGAAACGAAUCCCUCUCGACGUCUCUCGCCGCCGCUCAAUCUAACAUUUCAUCUUUAGCCUCCUCUUCCGCAUCCACCAAGACUCUCCAGAACCGUAUCAACUCGCUCGAAGCUGAACUCGAGUCCAUCGCAGGCCAGUUCAACGAAGUCUGGUCUAUCUUGCCUUCUCGAUCCAAGCGGGCGGAAGCUGAGCUCGUAGACCCACGAACGGGACUCUCCAACGCUUCGUUGGCUUCUCCCUCUCGAGCCGUCAACUUUGCAGCGCUUCAAGCUGUCUACACGCCUAACAAUGAAGGGUUCGCGGGUAUCGACGAGAUGCUCAAGCGCGUCAGGGGAAUGGUUGACGAUGGAAAAUUGCUGGUCGAACGAGUCUGUAGAUUGGGUCAGGAGAGAGAAUUGCUCAAAGCCAACGCGGCGAGGGCAAAGAAAUUGGCAGAGGAUAGCCAGGCGGCUCUGCAAACGUAUCAACAGCAAGUUGCCGAGCUGGAACACAAGUUGGCCAGUAGUGGUACUGCUGAAUCCAAAUUCCUGAAUGAGCUCAAUUCGUUGCGCUCAGCUCUAGACUCUGCAUCGACCUCGAAACGUCAACUCGAGACUCAACUAUCGACCCAUACCGAGUCCAUCAACCGAUUGGAAACGGCCAAUCGGUCCCUUUCUUCCAAGACGUUGUCGCUUGCCGAAGACGCCGAAAAGGAGAAGAAAAUUCUGCAGAAAAAGAUGCAAGAUGAGAUCGACAGAUUGAAGAGAGAAGUCGAAGAAGCUCAGGAAGAGGUCGAUGAAGCUCGGACGAGAGGUAGCGCUCAGAGGAUACAGCUACUCGACGAGCUCAACUCGCUGCAAGCUGAGAAUGCAGACCUCAGGAAGCAGAUUCGGAUGCGCAAGUGAGAACGCAGUGAAUCAGAGUAGGGGAUGCCAGCUUCCGUGUCAUCUGUCGCAAUGGGGGGGCGCCAAUCUAUAGUGGUCAUUUAUCAGGUCAAAUGUUGUCAACUUUCCGGAUCUCAUGCACAUUUUUCUGCGCGG